AUGUCGAUUGAAAAAGUGUCCAUUUUGGGCAAGGAGAGUAUACAUGUUGGUUAUGGGAUACAGAGCCACAUUGUGGAGGAGACCAUCAAAUGUUUGGCCUCGUCAACUUAUGUGAUUAUCUCAGACACAAACAUGUCCAAGACCCCCACAUACGAGAAGUUGCAAGACAGCUUUCAAAAGGAGUUGGCCAAGCAAAGACCGCAAUCGAGGUUGCUCACUUACCUCAUCCCACCAGGAGAAAACCACAAGAAUCGUGAAACCAAGGCCGAGGUUGAGGAUUUCCUUCUCCAACAAGGAUGUACUCGAGAUACAGUUAUUUUGGCCGUUGGCGGAGGUGUGAUUGGAGACAUGAUUGGGUUUGUUGCUGCAACUUUUAUGAGAGGAGUAAGGGUUGUUCAAGUUCCAACAACAUUGCUUUCAAUGGUUGACUCUUCAGUUGGUGGAAAGACAGCUAUUGAUACUGAGUUGGGAAAGAAUUUCAUUGGUGCAUUCCACCAACCUGAAUUUGUCUUUUGCGAUGUCUCUUUCUUGCAAACAUUACCAAAGAGACAACUCAUCAACGGUAUGGCUGAAGUUGUUAAAACAGCUGCUAUCUGGGACGAAACCGAAUUCACUAGGUUGGAAGGGUUCGCCAAAAGAUUUCUUGCUGAGAUCUCAGCGCCAACUCCUAAUUUAGAGUCGAUAAAGGACGAAUUGAUAAAGACCGUUUUGGGAUCAGUUAGAGUCAAGGCAUUUGUUGUUUCUGCUGAUGAGAAAGAAGGUGGCUUGAGAAACUUGUUAAACUUUGGUCACACUAUUGGCCAUGCCAUUGAAGCCAUUCUUACACCAGAAGCAUUACAUGGUGAGUGUGUAUCCAUUGGUAUGAUCAAGGAGGCUGAAUUGUCGAGAUAUUUGGGAAUCUUGCCACCCUCGGCUGUUGCUAGACUUUCCAAGUGCUUGGCAGCAUAUGGAUUGCCUAUCUCCGUUGACGAAAAGAUUUUCUCCAAAAUUAUUGGUGCAAAGAAAAACAACCUCAAGAUUGAUUCUUUGAUCAAAAAGAUGUUGAUUGACAAGAAGAACGAUGGAAGCAAGAUUAGAUGCGUUUUGCUUGAAUCUAUUGGCAAAUGUUACGAAUCUAAAGCCCACCAAAUUUUCAAGGAAGAUAUUCAGGUUGUAAUGACCGAUGAAGUGUUUGUGCACCCAUUUGCAAACCGUCAUCCAGAAUCUGUAUCAAUUACACCACCAGGAUCCAAAUCCAUUUCCAACCGUGCACUUAUUUUGGCAGCAUUGGGUGAGGGUACGACAAGAAUCAAGAACUUGUUGCAUUCAGAUGAUACAAAGCACAUGCUUGAUGCCGUUGUCUUGAUGAAAGGUGCAACCGUCUCCUUUGAAGAUAGCGGAGACACUGUUGUUGUGCAAGGACACGGAGGCAAAUUGUUUGCAUGCAAGGAAGAAAUCUACUUGGGUAACGCUGGUACAGCUUCAAGAUUCUUAACUGCUGUGGCUGCUUUGGUCAACAGCACACAAGACGAAAAGAGUGUUACUUUAACAGGUAAUGCAAGAAUGCAAGAAAGACCCAUUGCGGCUUUGGUAGAUGCUCUUACUACAAACGGAUCAAAAGUUGAUUAUUUAAACAAACAAGGAUCGUUGCCAUUAAAAAUCGAGGCUGGAAACGGGUUCAAAGGUGGAAGAAUCGAAUUAGCUGCCACUACAUCUUCGCAAUAUGUUUCUGCCAUCCUCAUGUGUGCACCAUACGCUGAAAAAGAAGUGACAUUGUCUCUUGUUGGUGGUAAACCAAUUUCCCAAUUGUACAUUGACAUGACGAUUGCCAUGAUGAAAGAUUUUGGUGUUGAUGUCACCAAAUCAGAGACUGAAGAGUACACUUACCAUAUACCCAAGGCAGUUUACCAAAAUCCACAAGAAUACGUUGUUGAGUCAGAUGCAUCAUCUGCCACAUACCCAUUGGCAUUUGCAGCAUUGACCAAUAGUUCGUGCACAAUUCCCAACAUUGGAUCAUCGUCUUUGCAAGGAGAUGCCAGAUUUGCCGUUGAUGUGUUGAAACCAAUGGGAUGUACAGUGGAGCAGACUUCAAAGUCCACCACGGUGACAGGUCCUCCAAUCGGUACAUUGAAGGCAUUGCCCGAGAUUGAUAUGGAACCCAUGACUGAUGCAUUCUUGACCGCAUCUGUUGUUGCAGCUGUUUCUCAAGGUACAACUACUAUUUCGGGAAUUGCCAAUCAGAGAGUCAAGGAGUGUAACAGAAUCAAGGCAAUGGUUGACGAGUUGGCCAAGUUUGGUGUUUCUGCCGAUGAGACUGAAGACGGAAUCAGUAUCCAUGGGGUUCAGCUCAAAGACUUGAAGACACCAGGUGGCAGAGGUGUUAAAACCUAUGACGACCACAGAGUUGCAAUGUCAUUUUCACUUUUGGCUGGUUUGUGCAAAGAUCCUGUUUUGAUUCAAGAGCGCUCAACUACUGGUAAGACGUGGCCCGGUUGGUGGGAUGUCUUGCACUCCAAGUUCAAUGCCAAGCUUGAAGGUCACGAAUAUAUAAGACAACGUAGUGGUUCAUUGAGAAAUGGCGAUAGAAGCAUUGUGAUUAUAGGCAUGAGAGCUGCUGGCAAAACAACAUUAUCCAGAUGGCUUGCAGAGCACUUGAAUUUCAAAUUGUUAGAUUUGGACCAAUAUUUGGAAAAGAAACUUGCAGUUGACAUUAAGUUGCUCGUUAAGGAAAAAGGAUGGGACUAUUUCCGUGAAAAAGAGACUGAAGUAUUAAAUGAAUGUCUUGAGAAAUUUGGCAAAGGUCAUAUUUUGGCCACCGGUGGCGGUAUCGUUGAAGGCGAAAAGCCAAGAGAGGCGUUGAAAAACUACACCAAGUCUGGCGGAAUAGUUUUACACUUGCAUCGUGACUUGAAAGAAACAGUAAACUUUUUAAGUAAAGAUCCAACAAGACCAGCAUAUUCGGAUGACAUUGAAGAAGUUUGGAAGAGAAGGGAAAAAUGGUACCACGAGUGUUCCAACUACCAUUUCUACUCUACCCACUGUACUUCAGAAGCUGAAUUUGCCAACUUGAAAUUGGUCUUUGCAAAGUUUGUAUCGAAAAUCACUGGUGAUGAUACUUUUGUGCUUCCUGCUACGCGCUCAACAUUUGUUACAUUGACUUAUCCCGAUUUGAGAAAAGUUCCUUCACUUAUAAAGGAUGUGUCGGAAACUUCCAAUGCCGUAGAGUUGCGUGUUGAUUUGUUGGCUAAUCAGGAGACUGCAUAUAUUGCAGAGCAAAUUGGACUUUUGCGCUCAGUAGCUACGGAUUUGCCAAUCCUUUAUACAGUGAGAACCAAGUCUCAAUGUGGGCAAUACCCUGAUGAGGAUGAAGAAGGUAUGAGAAAGUUGCUCAUGUUUGGUUUAAAGAUGGGUGUUGAUAUUAUUGACUUGCAAUUGAUUAGUUCACCAUCAACUAUUGCCGAGGUGAUUAGCAAAAGAGGUCACACAAAGAUUAUUGCAUCGCAUCACGAUUUCACAGGUGAUUUGAAAUGGGAUAAUGUUGAAUGGAAAAACAAAUAUGCGCAAGGUGUUAGUAUUGAUGCCGAUUUUGUCAAGUUGGUUGGUAUGGCCAAGACAUUUGAUGACAAUUUGCUUUUGGAGAAUUUCAGAAGACAAAACACUGAAAAGCCAUUGAUUGGUAUCAAUAUGGGGCCACAGGGUAAAUUGUCAAGAGUGUUGAAUAAAGUGUUGACUCCAGUUACACACGAACUCAUUACUGAUAAACCAAUAGGUGUUGGCCAAUUAUCACUCAAGGAGAUCAAUCAAGCACUUUUUCAAAUUGGCGGUCUUUUGGAAAAAGAGUUUUGGGUUGUUGGUUUUCCUGUGAGCCAUUCAAGAUCACCAGCCUUGCAUAAUGCCGCAUACGCUGCAUUGGGAUUACCUUAUAAGUUUGACAUUUUUGAAACCGAUGAUGCUGAAAAAGUUUAUACUCAACUUAUGCAAAAGCCCACCUUUGGCGGUUUGGCGGUAACUAUUCCACUCAAAUUGGAUAUUAAGAAGUAUUGUACUGAAUUGUCUGAGUCUGCUAAAUUGAUUGGUGCAGUGAAUACUGUUACCCCAAUCGCAGAUGGUAGAAAAGGAUUCCUUGGUGACAAUACAGAUUGGAUUGGUAUUGCCAAUUCAUUCAAGAAAGCAGAUUUUGCACUUGCGUCAGGAGUUACAAAUGGGUUAGUUGUUGGUGGUGGUGGUACUUCAAGAGCAGCCAUUUUUGCUUUGCACAGUUUAGGAUGUCAAAAGAUAUACCUCCUCAACAGAACUGAAUCCAAGCUUCAAGAUUUGGUUGACUCGUUCCCAGAUUAUGAUCUCGAAAUUUUACUGGAAAAGAAUGCCAGCUCAGUGUCUAUAGGCUUGGUUGUUUCUUGUGUUCCUGGUGAUAAGGCAUUGGAUGAAACAUUGAUGAAGAAAUUGGAUGGUGUCUUGAGCAAUAAUAAAGGUGACAAGCAAACAAGACCUUUGCUUUUGGAAGCUGCGUACAAGCCAAGAGUUACACCAAUAAUGGAAUUAGCAAAAGAGAAAUACGACUGGACUGUUAUUCCAGGUGUAGAGAUGUUGGUAAACCAAGGUGAAGCGCAAUUCAAGUUGCACACUGGCUACACUGCUCCAUAUAAAGUUAUCCACUCAGCUGUCUUGAACGAGUAG